CUGACAUGUUUUUCAAACAGAAACGUACACAUCCAAAUAACACGUUUUAUUUGGGGGGUUGAAGAUGUCUAUUUUUUAAAUGACGUGUUGUAUUCGCGAGCGAGGUUGCUGAAAUUGAGCUAUUUCCAACGGCAGGCACUCCCAUCUGCAUCAUCUUUGUGGCGUGUGACACAGCAGAACAUUGCAUUGCAUCGCGAGGGAGCACAGGUGGUGCAAAAUACACUACUAGACUACAUGUGACACAGCACUCGGUCAAAAUGCCACUCUUUUGAUUUCAACUUAAAAGUGUGUUUCACUCUCAAUGAAUUUCAUUCGGGUUUUGGGGUCAAAAUAUCAACUCCAGAUCGUGCAGAACCAUUGAUCCCCACGGGAGGGCGCCGCAGCCUAGCCUAGCAGCAUUUGGGCGGUAGGCGGGCCCCGAGUCCAACGUCCGGAUGUGAUUGGUGGAGAUGCUUCUGCACCUUGCGUCCCUCCGCACCUUGUGGCUAUUUCAAGUGAUGACGUCAAGGGAAUCUGAUUGGUGCAGACGCAUUUGGCCGCCAUCAAUCCGCGAUCCGAUUGCCUGGGACGGUUCCGACGUCCGUAUUUCCUCGCGGCAAACCUUGACUCUUUUUACCAUGCUGACUUCACUCCAAAAAGCCUACGGUGCCGUUUGGACGUAUUGGACCGCUACUUUCGUCAAAUAUUAAUAAAGUGGGACCUUCUCAUUCUUGGGCGUGAUGGAGCCAGCGCAGAUCUCUGUGCAACCUGCUCCUCGUCCGCCGCCGCCGCCACCUCCUCCUCUCCCCCUUCCGCCAUCCUCGUCGCGGCGGCGCUCCAUGAAGAAGCUCAACUGGGACACCAUUCCCAGCCAGUGCGUAUUGGGCAAAGUCAACGUGUGGACUCUGCCCCCCAGAGACCUGGUGCUGGACACCCAUAGCAUGGACGAGCUCUUCAGCCGCGUGGACCGGCGGGCCCAGGCCAGGGCCUGCCUCCGGGGACCGCGUGGCCGUGACAACGGUGACAUUUGCACGCCCCAGGCUCAGGUGAGCAUUCUGGAUGCCAAAAGGAGCAUGAAUAUCGGCAUUUUCCUCCGAUAUUUUAAGAGGCCAGUGGCGGAUUUACUGGAGGACAUCGUCCAGGGCGAGUGGCGCGACUGCGGCAAAUUGAAGGAGCUGUGCAGGCUGCUGCCCGAGGAAGGCGAGGUGAAGCAGCUGCUGUCCUACAGCGGGAACGUGUCGCUCUUAUCCGAGGCCGAUCGCUUCAUGGUGGAGCUGGUCAAAGUGCCCCACUACGAGGAGCUACUGAAGACCAUGGUCCUGCGCCGGGAGUUCUCACCUCUUAUGGAGGAGGUGAACAAGUCGCUGGCCGUCAUGAUCCAAGCAGCGGACGAACUGCUGGACUGCGACGAGCUUCACGCCGUCAUCCGCCUUGUGCUGAAAGCCGGCAAUUACAUGAACGCUGGCGGCUUCGGCGCAGAGGCCAUCGGCUUCAGGAUGACAUCGCUGCUCAAGCUGGCCGACACCAAGGCCAACAAGCCGGGCGUCAACCUCCUGCACUACGUCGCCAAGCAAGCAGAGGACAUUGACUCCAAGCUGCUGACCUUUCCCAGCCAGCUGACGCACCUCGGAAUGGCAGCCAGAGUGUGCAAAGAGGACGUGCUGGCGGACUUGGAGAGAGAAGUGCAGAAGCUCAAGGAGGUCAAACUGUAUGCCAGCAGACAUAUUCAACUCCACCAGCAGAUGGCGCCCUUCUUCACGCAAUGCGACGACGAGCUUUGUCACGUCAACUCGUCGCUGCAUGAGCUGGAGGUGCUGAGUUUCGCCGUGGCCGAGUUCUUCUGCGAGGACCCACAAAAUUUCAAGCUGGAGGAAUGCUGCGCCAUCUUCCACAACUUCUGCCGACGCUUUGUCACCGCUGUGCAGGAGAAUCGUGAGCGCGAGGCGGCCGAGCAGCGUCUCAAGAGCCGGGAGAGUUUCCGCGUGAGCGCCAAACGCGCGCCCGCACCCCCGCCGGCCCUGGAAUGCAGCCUGGAGUCGGCCUUGCACAGCUUGCUCUCCAUCGGCAGGUGCCAGAGGAACUCCCGGUCGCCCACGCCGCCGGAGCCUCCCACCGGGGACCAACAAAUGGCACCGGAGAGUCCCGAGAAGAAACAUGCCAAAGUCGAGGGGGACGGCGAGGAAAAUCCGUCGACGCCACGCACCCCUCGUCCCAGAACCAGAGAUGUCUUCUUCGCAAGUAAUGGCGACGUGGGAUCGCCGUGGACCAUCCUGAGCCCGCUGACCUGCUCCCGGCAGCGCCGCCCUCGGCGGCGGGUCACGGCGGAUGCCCAAGAGCCAGACGACGCCUUCUGGGGAAGCGCGGCAACAGGUCCACGAGGGCGCUCGGUGUCCGUGGACUCCACGCGCCAGCCGCCGACCCUGCCCACUGCCGCUGCCGCCUUCCGGAUGGGGACUUUGUUCCAGAGGGCCGCCGCCCAUCGCUCGUAUUCGUCCGGCUCCGGGGCGGCCUGUGUCGGGAAUCCCGCCAGCGGCUCCUUUGGCUUCAUUUCCUUCUUCCGACGUUUCGGAGGAAAAAGGGAGACUGAGGAGCCCAGCCCAAAAGAAAGGGAUACAAUAGACAAUAGUCAAUAGACAUUUUAUUUUUCUAACUGCAACUCUUUUAACAGACAACUAGGAACUUGUCUUGGACAUUUUGGGAGCCAAUCAGCGUUCUUAAAUGCCAUUUUAUAUUUUAAGCUCUUUUGAUGUGUAUUUGUACAAUAAAGGAUAUUUUGCUAAAUCUUUA